CAAUCAUGUCAUAAGCAUUUCAACUUUCUGCCACUUCUUUAGGAUAGAAAACAUAAUAAUAAUAAUAAUAGCCAAUAAAUCCAAUGGAUGACUCAAAAAGAAGCUCAACUGUAUUUAAAAUACCUUAAAUACUUGAUCAUUGUCAUUAAUUCAAUACCAAUACUAUUCCAAAAGUAUUGUUUAUUAAAAUGUUAAUUAGAUUAAUUGUUACCAUCAUUAAGGUAAUACUUAUAUAAACUUUUGUUAACUUGAAGAAUGUUGUUUUCCCUUAUGUCCAGAAUGUAUUCCUGAACAUGUCAAUGAACAUGUGGGAUAAAAUUCUAAACCAAAAUUGGAGAGUCUAAAAGAUAUUUUAAAUAAAGUACAAUUUACAGUGCAUAAUGAAGGUAAAAUAUGAAAAUAUAUUUAAGCAAAUAAAUUGGCAAAUAGUUUUUUUAAUAUCUAAAAUUCAGUUAAAAUGGCUGAAGAAAUGAAUAAUUCAUGUAUAAGAUAAUUAAAUGAUAAAAGAGAAAGAAUUAUUAAAAUAAUUGAUUAGUAUUUCAAUUCAUUGCUUAUUGAAGUAUAAGGAAAACAUUAAAAAAAUAUUGUAAAUUACAAACGAGAUGCUCAAUUUUUUUAACAAGUCAUUUAUGAUAGAUGGAAUUCUCAUUUUGAAUUAAUUGAAAAUUUAAAGAAUUCGGAUUGUAUGAAACCACUUAUAAGAUUUUUAAAAUCAAAAACUCUAGAAGAAAAUGAAUAAUAUUUUAUUCAAGCAUAAGAGUUUACAGAACGUUAUGUUCAUUAUUAAACAAAAGUUAAUUUUGAUUCAGAAAAAUCGUAUAAAAUAUAUAUUAUAAUAGUGCUUAAUUAGGAGGAUUUAUCUCUGAAUUUCUUAAAGUAGUAAAUUAUGAUUUACCAGAAUUUUUAAAUAUUCACAAAUUGGCACCUCCAGAAAUAACUACAUAGAAAUAAAAUAUGGGAUCAGUAAAUAAUAGUAAAGCAUCAAUAAGAUCUGAAUAGAAAAUUUUAUAAAGUUCAAUUAAAAGUGGACUUGAAAUAUCACAAUAAGUAUAAUUUAUGAAUCAAUCAUCUAAUCCUAAUAAUUAUAUCAAAUAAAGUUAGCAACAAUUUGGAUCACAGUAAUAAAUGAGAAAUAAUUAUGGAGAAUAUUCAAGUUUUGGUAAUUUUGGAUCAAGAAAAUUUUGA